AGAGUACUAUAUAAACUUCCUGUCGCAUCAUUUUGGUUUGGAGUCCCUAGCAAUCAAUAAUGUCAGAGUCUGUGUUGUCUGCAGCCAAGCAUUUCAUCAAUUAUAUCAACAGAUCUCCCUCCCCCUUCCAUGCUGUAGAGGAGAUAAAGAUCAGACUGCUAUCAGCUGGAUUUUUGGAGCUUAAAGAAACAGAAAAAUGGGACAUCAAACCUUCCAACAAGUAUUUUGUCACCAGGAACCAUUCUACCAUCAUAGCAUUUGCUGUGGGAGGCAAGUACCGGCCAGGCAAUGGGUUCAGCAUUGUAGGGGCACACACUGACAGCCCCUGCCUAAAGAUCAAGCCAAUUUCCCGGAAGGUCCGACAGGGCUAUUUACAGGUUGGUGUCCAGUGUUAUGGAGGGGGCACCUGGCACACCUGGUUUGACAGAGACUUGACUGUGGCCGGCAGAGUGAUAGUGAAGAAUGACAGCAAAUUAGGCCAUCGCCUUGUCCAUGUGAAGAGACCCAUCUUGAGGGUGCCGAACAUUGCCAUUCACCUCAUGAGGGACAUGAAUGAGAAGUUCUCACCUAACAAAGAGACACACCUGCAGCCUAUAUUGGCUACCAGUAUACAGGAAGAGCUGGAGUAUGGCAGUAAGACAGCAGAAACUUCAGACUUCAAGCAGGAAGCUGAUAAGCACCACCCUGUCCUGGUGCACAUACUAAGCGGUGAACUCGGGGUGACAGCUGACCAGAUCAUGGACUUUGAGCUCUGUCUGGCAGACACCCAGCCUGCUUGUCUAGGAGGAGCGUUGAAUGAGUUCAUCUUUGCUCCAAGAUUGGAUAACCUGUUGAAUGCUUACACUGCAAUGGAGGGUCUGCUGGAUGCAUGCAAUAAUGAAACACUACAACAAGACCCCAACAUAAGAAUGAUCAGCCUUUUUGAUAAUGAGGAGGUUGGUUCCCAGAGUGCCCAGGGAGCAGGAUCUACAUUUCAAGAGUUGGUUCUCAGAAGAAUCAGUGGCCCCACGCCAGGGAGCUUUGAGAUUGCAAUGCCAAGGUCUCUCAUGGUCAGUGCUGACCAGGCACACGCUGUCCACCCAAACUACAGUGAGAAGCAUGAAGACCAACAUAGACCAGGUCUUCAUAAGGGUAUUGUAGUGAAGCAUAAUGCCAAUCAGAGAUAUGCAACCACUGCCGUCACAGCGGCCAUUUUGAGAGAGGUCGCCUCCAGGUCACAGGUCCCUCUUCAGGAUUUUGUAGUUAGGAACGACUCACCAUGUGGCAGCACUAUCGGCCCGAUCAUGUCCGCCAAGCUGGGCAUGCCUACUGUUGAUAUAGGUGGACCACAACUUAGCAUGCAUUCCAUUAGAGAGAUGUGUUGUACCUCCUCUGUCCUGCAGUCCAUUAAACUUUACAAGGGAUUCUUCGAGUUCUUUCCAGAAAUUUAUGCAUCUUCAAACCUCUAAUCACUAGGCCAAAAUCAUCAAAGCUGUCGUACAAUGGAUUGAAAGCAGAUAUAUAUAUACAUCUUACCAGUGUCUUGACAGUGGGGCAAUAAAAGACAACCAAAGGAACAGUUAUAAAGACAUUAAAUUUCUGUCAUUUCUGCUAUGAUUAGUUAUACCUGAGUCAAGUUCUUGAUGAAGAUGGAAAUGAUCAUAAGUCAAAACUACCCUAUUAUAGAUCCAUUUUUCUCUAGAUGUUUACAGAUAAUUCUUUUCACUUUAGCAUAAAACUAAAAAAAAAAAAAAAAAUUAACUUGCGACUUUACACCUGCAGAUGAUAUAUUUAUAGUAGAUGGUCUUCAAUAUGUUUACUAACUACCUCAAAGCAAAAUAGUGAAUUUUCAACAUUUCCUGUAUAUUUACACAUUCUUUUUAGUAAUGUUUGAUGUAAUUGAAUCACUAUUUUGUUACCUUCCAGUUGCAUAUGCAUUCCAUACUUUUUAAUCGUUUCAGAAGAAUCAACCCACUUAAUGUGAAAAUUGUCUUUGGGAUUGCAUUAUCCCAUACCAUCUUUGCACUAUUGUCUACAUAUUUAUGAGACUUGAAGAUUUGAUGCUUAAUUUUGUCCUUUUCUCUUUUUCUAUUUAUCACUUUGCAAUAUCAAUAAAAAUAUACUGAUAUUCAUUAAA